AUGCUUGCUGUCUCGACUGCCGCCCGCCUGGCCUCUAACGGCGCUCGUCGCGCCGUUGUCGUUGCAGGCCAGCGUCAGGCAGCAGUUCAGGCCGUCCGACGAACUCAGGCCCGAAGCAUUCAAUCCGUUGCACAGACUGACCGGGACACCAUCACACGACUUCUCUACUCAAUUGGAACCAAACGCGAAGUUGAACGCCAUCUCCGUAUCUUCUCUUCUUCCUCGCACCCUUCUCAGCCCGCCAAGUUUGCCGUUAUCAAGGUUGGGGGAGCUGUUCUAGCUGAACUCGAUGAGUUAGCUCUCAGCUUAAGUUUCUUAUACCGAGUUGGGUUGUACCCUGUAGUCCUACAUGGAGCUGGACCCCAACUCAAUGACAUUAUGGAACGGGAGGGUGUCGUUCCAGACUACAUUGACGGUAUUCGGGUAACAAACGCCAAGACCCUCGGUGUCGCCCGUCGUGUUUUCAUGGAAGAAAAUUUGAAGCUUGUAGCUGCCCUUGAGAAGCUCGGUACGCGUGCUCGUCCUAUUACCUCGGGUGUCUUCAGUGCGGACUACCUCGACAAAGACAAGUAUGGUCUCGUUGGAAAGAUCACCAAGGUCGACAAGAGGCCCAUCGAGGCAUCAAUCCGCGCUGGAGCUCUCCCUAUCCUUACCAGUCUCGCGGAGUCUGCUGACGGCCAGAUCCUCAACGUUAAUGCCGACAUUGCCGCGGGAGAGCUCGCCAAGGAACUCGAACCCAUGAAAAUCGUCUUCUUGAACGAUAAGGGUGGUAUGUUCCAUGGUGUCACGGGGGAGAAGCUCGACGUUAUCAACCUCGACGAGGAAUACGACAGCCUCAUGAAGGAGCCAUGGGUCAAGUAUGGCACCAAGCUCAAGCUCCGAGAAUUCAAGGAGCUCCUUGACCACCUCCCUCGUUCGUCAUCAGUGGCUGUUAUCUCAGCUUCCUCACUGCAGAAGGAGCUGUUCACGGAUUCUGGGGCCGGUACCCUCAUCCGUCGUGGAUACAAACUCUUCAAGCACAACGACAUCGAUGGCAUCGGAGCGGACCGCUUCCGUCAAGUCAUCCACGACCGCGACCCUGAAGUUCUUGCUGGAUUCCAGAGCGUCACCGGUGUUCUUAACGACCUCAAGAAGACACCGUACACCAUCUACGGUGACGAGCCUCUCGAUGUCCUGGCUGUUGUAUCUCAUCCCGAAGGAGAGGUCCCUGUCAUGACCAAGCUUUUGCCAUCCCGCAGUGGACUGCUCAACAACGUCCUCGACAACGUAUUCAACGCCAUCAAGAAGGACCACCGCAAACUCUUCUGGACUGCCCAGGCCGAGGACGAGAACCGUGGCUGGCACUUCGAGCGUGCAGAUGGUAGCUUCACGCGCGCCGGAAAGAGCCUCUUCUGGUACGGCGUCCAGGACGUCGCUGAAGUGGAGCGCAUCGUGAAGGGCUUCGAGGAGAAAGGCCGUAUUGAGAGGUCUUACCUCCCAGUUGGACCUUCGGCUCCUCCUCAUCGCGUCGCUGCCGCUAACGCUGCCCCUGGUGGUGCUCGCGCAUUCUCGACUAUGGCCCGUCGUGCGUUCGGCAACAAGAACGGAGUCACAGGCUCAUCCCGCGGAUAUGCCACUGCUGCCCCCACUGGCUCCACCGAACCUAAGCGCCUGGCUCUCAUCGGCGCCCGUGGAUACACCGGGCAAGCGCUUACCACUCUCCUCUCUGGUCACCCUUACCUAAGCCUAAGCCACGUCUCCUCCCGCCAGUUGGCCGGAUACCCUUUAGAGGGCUACUCGAAAGAGCCAAUCGUCUACUCGAACCUCUCGGCCCAGGAUGUCGAGACCAUGGAGAAGGAAGGCGCCGUUGACGCGUGGGUCAUGGCCCUCCCCAAUGGUGUCUGCAAGCCUUUCGUCGAUGCUGUCGAUCGCGGCGCAGAGGCUCGCGGAAAGGGAAAGUCCAGCGUCGUCGUUGACCUCGGCGCUGACUAUCGAUUUGAGGGAGGGUGGACAUACGGUCUUCCCGAAUUGUACAACCGCGACGCGAUCCGCAGCGCAAAGCGCAUCGCGAAUCCCGGCUGCUACGCCACCUCCGCCCAGCUCCUCAUCGCACCCCUCGUGGACUACAUCAAGCCCGGUGCGCUGCCCACCGUCUUCGGUCUGUCGGGGUACAGCGGUGCCGGCACCGUGAUGCAGAACGACGCCUCGGGCAAACCCGUCAGUGUGCCCAAGGUCUCCGCCGAGAGUCUGCACGGCGGCGUGCGGCCAUACUCGCUCACAGGGCACAUCCACGAGCGCGAGGCCGGACACCACCUCUCGACGCUGCUCGCGUCUGGCGGCGCGGGCCUGAAGAUCGCGUUCGUGCCCGCUGUUGCGCCGUGGUUCAGCGGCAUCGUGUCGACGGUGUCGAUCCCGCUCAAGGAGUCUAUGCGCGCGAGCGACGUCGCGGAGCUGUUUGCGAAGAAGUAUGCGGGUGAGAAGCUCGUGCGCAUUCAGAAGGACGUGGUGCAGCUGAAGGAUGUGGAGAACAAGCAUGGGUUCAGCGUGGGUGGAUUCCAGAUGAGCGUUGAGGGCGAUAGGGUGGUCAUUGUGGGUGGUCUCGACAACCUUUUGAAGGGAGCUGCGACCCAAUGCCUGCAGAACCUCAAUCUUGCCCUGGGCUACGAUGAGUACGCUGGAAUCCCCAUUGACAACUAA